CAUAUGUUGAUAGUUGUGUAACGGUGUUCAACAGAUGUUACUUAUUUGCUUUACAGCAGUAUACUAAUAGUAAUAAUAUCGGGCAAAUAUUUAUUACUUUUUAAAAGUCAAGCAUCAAAUAGAAACUUUCCUUUAGUACAUCUCAACAAUCUAAUACUUUUCUGGCUAAAAUGGCCGGUACCAAUCCUGUUGAUCACAGAAGAAAAUGGGAUAAAGCUCAUUUUGAGAAAUUGGCAAGUGAUAAGCUUAGCAAUGAGUUAGAGGCUAUGAGAAAUGCUCGGAAAGAAAAGGAAACCAUCAAAAAGGAGUAUUUAAAAGCUCGUGAUUACACAAUAGAUUUAGAAUCUAACCUAAACAAAUCCCAAGUGAUCGCAAAGACCGGACCAGGAUCUUCACAAGCAGGCUACUACUGUGAAGUUUGUGACUGUGUCGUAAAGGAUUCAAUUAACUAUUUGGACCAUAUAAAUGGUAAAAAACAUCAAAGAAAUAUGGGAAUGUCAAUGAGAAUUAAAAGAUCAACUUUAGAAGAGGUUAAAGAAAGGUUUCAGCUUCAUAAGCAAAAAUCCGAAGAAAAAGCAGAAGAGUACAGUUUAGAUGAAAGAAUGCGACAAAUCGCCGAAGAAGAGGAGAAAUUUAAAGCUUACAAACAAGAAAAACGCAAAGAGAAAAAGCGUAAAAAUGAUGAACAGUUUGAAGACUCCGACGUCGCAGCAGCUAUGGGAUUUGGUGGUUUUGGAAAAAGAUCAAAGUGACCAUUGUACACAUUUGUAAAUAACCAGUUUUUCUAAUUAUGUGCUGUAUUUAGAUGGACGAUAAAUUUGAUACUUCCAAAUGGUUGUCAUGUUAAAAGUUUUUAGGGUUUAUAACAACGAAAAAACAGGAUAUUUUAGUAGUUUGCGACUCUCUUUGUUCCAAUCGAACCACUCUCAAAAACAGAUAUUGGCUCAUACACUUUUCAGUUUUUUUCACUGCUUGAAUUAUCGUUUCGGCGAAUCAAAUAAAGACUUGGC